AUGGAGAAGGGGUGGUGGUGGUGGUGGAUGGUUUUAGGGGAUUUUGAUGAAAUUGCUGCCAUAGAGGAGCAAUCUGGGGCAUCUCUAGCUAACCCGAUUAAGUGUCUCAAGUUCAGGGAAGUUCUCGACUCAUGUAAUCUAUUGGACCUUGGUAGUACUGGACCAAGGUAUUCUAUGCGCAGGAGUAGAAGUGCUGAACUUCUACCAUUAGAUCCUGAGAUAGAGCGCACCUUGCAUCGGUUGAGAAGAGAGAACAGAAGAAGGGAAGAAUUGCAGGUAGUUGAGAUGGCAGAUGAUGACAUCAACCGCCAAAUACAGGGUGCUGCCAGAGCACUUCGAGACUAUGCAGUACCUACUAUUAUGGGUUCUGCGAUCAGAAGGCCCACUAUUCCAGCUAAUAACUUUGAACUGAAGCCAGCACUCAUCCAGAUGGUUCAAUCAAAUCAGUUUGGAGGAUAUCCCAACGAGAGUCCUGAUGAGCAUAUUGCAGGAUUCCUCCAAUACUGUAACACGGUAAAGAUGAAUAAUGUCACUGAUGAUGUUAUUAGAUUACAGCUUUUUCCUUUCUCGCUUAGGGAUAAAGCGAGAGCCUGGUUCAAUUCACUGCCACAAGAGUCCAUCACCACCUGGGCCGACCUUUCAUCUAAGUUUCUCAGGAGAUUUUUCCCACCAGCUAGGACUGCAAGAUUGAGGAACGAAAUCACUAACUUCACCAAGUUCAAUGGUGAAUCACUUUAUGAGGCAUGGGAGAGAUUCAAGGAGGCAAUCAGAAAGUGCCCACAUCACGGAUUGCCAGAUAAUCUCCUAAUUGAGGUCUUCUAUCUUAGCCUGGAUGAUACAUUGAGGUCUCUAGUAGAUGCUGCAGCAGGAGGCGCACUGAUGGGUAAGAAUUAUGAUGAAGCAGGUGCUUUGAUAGAAGAGAUGGCCUCCAGUGCACAUAAUUGGCAGAAUGAAAGAAGUAAAUCAAGAGUGGCAUCAGUCAAUGACAUGGACACUAUUGCUAAUUUGACAACCCAGAUUUCAGCUCUCACUACCCAGGUUGCUUUUUGUGAGUUGUGUUCAGGACCACAUUCGACUCUUGAAUGCAUGUCUGGAAAUCCCUCGGCUUCACCCAAUGGAGAGCAAGUGAACUUUGUCAACAACUUCCAACGGAGUAAUCAAGGGCCUUAUUCGAACACUUACAAUCCCGGGUGGCGUAAUCAUCCUAAUUUCUCAUGGAGGAAUGAGAAUAAUGCACUUAAACCGCCACCUGGAUUCCAAAAGCAAGGCCCUGCUCAGAAUGCUCCACCUCAGCAAAGUCAGUCGAGAAUGGAAGAGCUCAUGUUGAGCUAUAUGCAAAAGACUGACACCAUGCUACAGAAUCAACAAGCCACUAUUCGAAACCUAGAGGGUCAGAUUAGUCAGAUUUCUCAGCAAUUGAGUAAUAGACCAUCAGGGUCUUUACCCAGCAACACUGAAGAGAACCCCAAGGGUGUCAAUGCUAUAAUGCUGAGGAGUGGCAAGGAAUUGGAAAUAGUCAAUAGAAAAGCUCAAACUCAGGAGGAGAGUCCGGAGAAAGACAAAGAAGCACUCCAGCAGAUGCCUUCAUAUGCUAGAUUCAUGAAGGAUCUGCUCACUAAAAAGAGGAAGUUUGAUGGGAGUGAGCCUGAAACUUGGACUUGGAGAAUGCAAGAAAACUCAUAUUACCUUGCAACUUGCUGA